CGGACGUGGAAGCCCCAGCGUCCCUUUUCUUCCUCGUGCUUGUUCGGAGUUGGUGCGGUCUCUACGGGUGUGGAAGGGAGCUCGGGAUAUUAAAGAUGAAAAUUUAAAUCCAAGAGUGAUGGAUGAAACUCAGAAUUUGGCUUCAACUGGUUUAUUGGUAAACAAUGAAAUGUAUGACUCAGAUUCUAGCAGCAGUUUAUUCAAAACUCAGUGUGAUUCUACCAGACCUACUGGAAAAUCAAGAAAUAUAUCGACAUCAAAUACCAUAGAGUCGCCAGUAAAUACUCAGUUGAGAGAUUACUCAAGUAACUCAUCUUCAGAACUAGAACCAUUUAAUUUGCGAGUUAUUUUUGAAAAUUGGAAGAAAAAGAAGAGAAGAAAAUACAAGCCAACUGGAAGGCCAAGGGGAAGGCCAAAAGGAAGCUUUAAAAAGCAACCUUUAGCCAUUUCAAAAAAGAACUUGUUCAAAGAUAAAGGUUUACAGUUCCCUUUGAUCGAAUCAGAGAAUGGAAGGAAACCAUUACUUUGGAAGAAAAUUUUAGGCUAUGAGCAAGCAGUUGCAAGAGGAUUUUUCAACUAUGUUAAGGAACAGAAAUAUGAAUCCCAUCUCAAAGAAGCUUUGAAGCAUCUAGAUGUUGGUGAAGAUUUAGAAAAAGAAGACUUUGGUGUACGGAAACAUAAAUAUCUGGAUGAUGAUGGAUCUAUUUCUCCUAUAGAAGAACCCGAUUUGGAAGAGAGUCAUUUGGAUGAUCCAGAUGAAUGUGAUGUUAAAUUAGUGGAAAGCAGUUGUUUCAUAAUAAGUACUGAAUUCCCUGAGAACAUAAAGACAAAGAAGAGUUUAAAGAGUAGAAAUGACACUCAAGAAAAUAAUUGCAAGAAAGAUGAAACUGAUUUGCCCAGGAAAAAGAAAAACUCUGGACAAAGGAAAAAGAAAGGGAAUUUACAUUGAGGAAUUCAGUGGUUAUAUGAGAAUUUUUCAGGUGGUGCCAGUUACUGGUGCUUUGGAUGUUUUUAGAUUGUCUGCCAAAAGGGAAUUCACAAGAUGUACCCUCUGGUGAACAAGAAGUUGGUUUGGACCAGGGUUGCUGCUUAAUUGCUGAUUUAAAGACAUCUCAGUACAGCCUAUUAAAAACUCAGGAAAAGCCUUUCAGAGACCUGGAAACCUGUUUGAAUGGGAACAAAUUGACAAUUUAUGGAAGACCAGAGAACGCAGUUUAUCAGGCCAGUUUUCAACAUUUUAAGCGUUACAUCAACAUGCUACCAACCACAAAGGAGCUGAAGGGGUAAAAAGCCUAGCUUACAAGGUGUGUAACAUCAGAUCAGCCUGACAAGCAUGCUGAAGCACAAGCUAUGCUGUAAUUUAAACACGUUAAUGUUUUGAGAUGGAUAGAAAAUGGAGAAAGACAAGACAGCUUGGGAAACAAAGCAAGAACCAUCAAAGCAUACUGUCAAUUGAUCUAAAAUGCCAUCCAUGUUCCAGAUUCUUUUAUAUUUGUUCCUAUUUUUUAGAUGUUAUGACUUGGCAAUGAAUUGGAUUUAAGUGAAGGAGAGGGGUUGUACGAGGUCACCAACCUCACUGGAGUGCCAUUCUGGUCCAGUGGCAGGAUGACUGCCCUGGAUAUUUAAGGCAGUUGUGGUUAAGUAAUUUUGCUCAGGGUUACACAGCUAGUAUUUAUCUUUUCCCUAAAACUCACUACUCUUCUGAACUUAACCUACUUCUCUAAAACAGGGUUUCUUAAAACUUUACACUCAAGCAACCUGAGUUUUUAUGUAACCCCAGGUUAGUUGCAUUUUUGAUUUUUGGUGGUCCUCUGUUUAGAAACUUUACCAUAAGCAAUUUAUAACCAUCCCACAUUCAGUUACAUGACUCCAUGUGAGGUCAUGACCACCCACAGUUGAAGCUAGGCUCUAGGGGACCACCACCAUCUUUAAAGUCCUUUAGGCCUCUAUUAUUGACAAAUCUGCAUCCAUUACCUUAUCACAUUCGCUACCUUAGUUUAGGACUACUCUUACCUGGAUUACUGUUAUGGCCUCCUAAUUAGCUCUCCCGAUAAAUGUUUUUUUUUUUUUUAAUUUAUUUUGCGGGGCAAUGGAGGUUAAGUGACUUGCCCCGGGUCACACAGCUAGUAAGUGUCAAGUGUCUGAGGCCAGAUUUGAACCCAGGUACUC